AUGGCAUCAUUCAAGCUUCAGCAUUUGCUUGCUGUUCUUCUCAUCUUCCUCCACCUCUCUUUUCAUUCCAUUGCAGACCCCCAUGGCAUGUCCCUCUCCUCCUCCCUUGAGCGCUGCCCUUUAUGUGCUAGGGAAUGCGAGGCCGCAUGGGAUUGUGGCUCUGUGUGUAGAGACAUGGGGAUAUUAAGCCCUAAUGCCGUGUGA